AUUUCAAAUUUAAUCAGUAUUUUUUCAAGUGUCAAGUGACUUCAAUCUCAUUAAAUGAUUAGACGAUUAAAGUCCAGUAUCAUUUUUACAUUUUCUGUCAUUGUCUUCGUUAAACUUCUUUAUUAAUCUACAAUUUUAUGCAAGAUCCAUUCGAAUUAUGCUCGAUUCUGUGACUACAUUUGUUCGUUAUGUUUUGGAUUCCAUUGCUUCCGGUGUCACCAAAUUGGUUCCAGCAAAAUGCGGUUUAAUUGUUUUGCCUCCGAUUAAGGAUCCAAUCAUUUUACUUUCUGCUCAACAAUUAGCAGAAAAAAUCAAAUCUGGAGAGAUAAAAUGUGUUGAUGUUGUCAAGGCUUAUAAGCAACGCAUCGAAGAAUGUGAUCCUCUGGUUAACGCAGUGGUUGAGACCCGAUACAAGGAAGCUUUAGAGGAAGCACAAACAAUCGAUGAAACUAUUGCCAAGGAAUUGGCGACCGGCGAAAAAAAUUUAAGCAAUUUACCCUUGCUUGGUGUGCCUUUUGCUGCUAAAGAUUGUUUGCAAGUGAAAGGUAUGCAGUUAACUGCUGGUUUCGUUCCUCGUAAAGGCUGUAUUCAAUCAGAAGAUGCUGCUCUUAUCUCCAAUCUGAGAAAAUUGGGAUCCAUUCCUUUGGUGAUGACAAAUGUUCCUGAACUAGCUGUUUGGUAUGAUUCUGCCAAUAUGUUGUAUGGAAGAACCAACAAUCCAUAUGAUCUAACUCGUAUUCCUGGCGGUAGCUCAGGUGGUGUAGCAGCUUGUGUUUCUUAUGGAGGAUCACCUUUUGGAACUGGAUCAGAUAUUGCUGGUUCAAUCCGAUUUCCGUCUCAUUUUUGUGGUCUUUUUGGCCAUUUAAUUACUCAAAAGGCUGUUAAUAUAGAUGGACAUUGGCCACCAUUUUCAACAGAACAAUCUGAAUGCCUCUCAAUUGGACCUAUCUGUCGUUAUGCAACUGACUUAACUCUUUUGGUCAAAUCCUUCCUCGGAGAUCAAGCUGAAAAGAUUCCCAAGCUUGAUCAUCCUGUUGACCUAAGCAAACUUAAAAUCUUUUACAUGGAAGAUAAUGGUGGUUCAAGCAGUACGCCUGUUCACCCUGAAAUUAAAGAAGGAAUCAGAAAGCUUAUGAAGUGUCUAUCAGAUGAUUAUCAUGCCAAUGUAACAAAAAUUAAUAUUCCCCACAUGGAUCAAGCUUUCGAUAUUUUUUUGAAUACAAUGAAGGAUAAACCUCAUAUUCCACAUACUCAGAAAAUUGCCAAUUUUGAUGGACACAAAAAUCCUUGGCUUGAAUUGGUCAAGAAAAUGGUUGGAGCCUCUGACCAUACUUUGCCUGUUAUUAUUGUCUCUAUCUUGGAGACAUGUCUUGGUGAUCCAAAAUCAGAAUCUGGUCGAGAGCUGAUUCGCCGAGGAGAGAUUAUUCAAGAGAAAUUGUUUUCCAUGUUGGGAGAUGACGGAAUUUUCAUUUAUCCCGCAUUUCCUGAGCCAGCAAUCAAUCAUUACACUAGUAUUUUAAAAUUUCAAAAUAUUGGCUACUCUUCGUUGUUCAGUUUAAUGGGCAAUCCCAUAACUACUUGUCCAAUCGGUUUAUCGAAAAAUGAACAUUUACCUUUUGGAGUUCAAGUGAUGGCUUCACCUUUUAAUGACCAUUUAACCAUUGCUGUGGCUCGAGCAAUUGAGGAAAAACUUGGAGGAUGGAAACCACCUAGUCGUGUUGAAUUGAAAUCAAAUUAAUCAAAUUUCGCAUGCAUCUUCAAUUCCUAUUGUAAUAUUGAUUCUGUUUUCUUUUUCUCUGUUGAGAUUAAUCCAAAAUUUUGAGCUUUUACAGCUUCUUUUUAAAAUGCUAAAAGUUCCUACGUUGAAGAAAUUCAUCUUGAAUUUACACUUUUUACUUUAUGCAAGAGAUUAGUUAAUUGUUAAAAUAUGCUGUUGCCUAGUUCAAUUUUAUAUUAGCAAUUGUUAAUUCUAAUCAAUUAAAAUCAAACUAUGUAAUUUUUUCCUGCUUUAAAAAUUUAAUAUUUUCUGAAACACAAAUUAUUAAAUGACGAAUAAAGAUUUUAUCGCAAGAGUUGAACA